AAACACCGAGGAGCUAGCAAGGCGUACGGCGUAAAAAACCCGAGAAAAUAAAGGCUCUGCUGAAAAAAUGAUACUUUCACGCGGAAAAACCGACUCGGCGAGCUCGAGGAACGCCAGCGGAGGAGCUGGCAGCGGACUCGGGGUUGGCAGGCAGGCCAGGAAGACUCCGGCACCGGCCUCCCUCGAGGAUUUCAUCAUCAAGCGGGACUACACGGGUGCCAGGGCAUUUCUAGAGUAUACCAACGAUGAUGAGGACGAGGAUGAGGGAGCCCAUGGACCCAAGCAGAGUCAGGUUGAUCAGUGGAUAGCCUUUUGCAAUUUCCAUUUGGGAGACUACCAACAGGCUCUUGCCCAAUACAGAACCAUUCAGCAGAGUUUCACGAGUCCCGAUGGCAAAGUGGAUCUCAAUCUCAACGUGGCCGUCUGCAUGUUCUAUUUGGGUUUGUACGAGGAGGCCCAACAACUGAUGACAAAUUCAGCUGACAAUCCCCUGAAGCAGCGACUCAUGUUUCACUUGGCCCACAAAUUGGGCAUCGAGGAGGAGUGGAGUCAGCUACUGGAGGAGCUGCAGGAAUCUUCCAGUUUGGAGCAACAACUCAGCCUGGCCUCUAUGCACUAUAUGCGGGCUCAUUACCAGGAGGCCAUCGAUGUUUAUAAAAGGGUCCUGGUGGACAAUAAGGACUACCAGGCCAUAAAUGUCUACUUGGCACUUUGUUUCUAUAAGCUGGACUAUUACGACAUGUCCCAGGAGGUUUUGGAUGUGUAUCUCAGUCAGCAUGGCGAUAGUACCAUUGCUAUUAAUCUAAAGGCCUGUAAUCGUUUUCGUUUAUUUAAUGGUCGUGUGGCCGAGCAGGAAAUCAAGAACAUAGCCGAUAAUGGCACUUUUGGUGCUGAUCUUCUACGUCACAACUUAGUUGUUUUUCGGAAUGGAGAGGGAGCUCUGCGUGUCUUACCGGGACUACUGAAUAUCAUUCCCGAGGCUCGUCUGAAUCUAGCUAUAUAUUAUCUAAAGCAAGGGGAUGUCCAGGAGGCCCAUGCCCUGAUGAAAGAACUGCAACCCACAUCGCCACAUGAGUACAUACUCAAGAGUGUGGUUCAUGCUGCUCUCGGUCAACAACUGGGAUCGAAAGAGCACAUUAAGACAGCCCAGCAGAACCUCCACUUGGUGGGUAGUUCGGCCACAGAAUGUGAUACAAUACCAGGUCGUCAAAGCAUGGCCUCUGCCUUUUUCCUCUACGAACAAUUCGAGGAGGUGCUGGUGUACAUGAACUCCAUCCGAAGUUACUUUGUCAACGACGAUGUGUUCAAUUAUAACUUUGCCCAGGCCAAGUGCGCCACGGGUUAUUACAAGGAGGCGGAGGAGUUGUUAAUGCAGAUCACCGAUAUGGAUAUAAAAAAUCAGCACACCUACUGCAUGAUCCUGGCUAAGUGUCACAUCCAUUGCGGUCAUCCUGAGUUGGCCUGGAAUGUUUUUAUUACUAGGGAUACGAAUGCAGAGGCAUUUAUCCUGCUGCAAUUGAUUGCCAAUGAGUGCUACAGGUGUUCCGAGUUCUGGGUGGCAGCCAAGGCCUUUGAUAUGCUAGAAAAGCUCGAUCCCAGUCCGGAGAAUUGGGAAGGCAAACGGGGCGCCUGCGCAGGUGUUUUGUUUGCAUUGUGCACCAAGGCUCAAAGAGGUCGUCCUGGCGGAGGAAUCUCGGAAGUCAUCGGCAUUUUGCGGGACUCAUCGAACUCACAGGCAGAGGCCAUGAUCAAAACAAUUCGGAAGCACAUAAACCAUCUUAAAUAA